GUCAAGUUUAAGAUUGACGAUGCCAGAUAUGCAACAUCACAUAUGCCUCAUAACCCUUGGUGGCCGGCUUGGACUAGCACCUCCAUGCCAGCCUGACUUCAAAGUCAACAGGGUAUUGUGUGGUGGCACGGGCACAGGCAUCUGGGCUAUUCAGUUCGGCGACGAUCAGCGUGAAGCCGAGACAAGUUUGGAAAGCUACGGCAGACUUUGGAUGCUUAUUAACUGUAAGCAGGUUCUCGGCGUUGAUCUAUCUGCUACACAACCAGACAUCGUGGCUACAAAUGUGAAGUUUGAAAUCGACGAUAUUGACGAGGAGUGGACGUAUACCCUUCCAUUUGAUUACAUACACAGUCGCUUCAUGUCGUCAAGCAUCGCAGACUGGAAGGCGUACCUCACCAAGUGUUUCAAGUAAACGUGAUUUUGCUUGAGCCCUUCAUAGAUGACCAUCUGUUAAUGCCUACCUAUAAGUCACCUACAACCUGGCGGCUUUCUCGAGCUACAGGAACCAGAGAUGGAGUUUCAGGCCGACGACGGGACGUUCCCUGCCGACUGCCCCCCUGGCCAAGUACGGCAACCUCCUCAAGGGAGCCGCGGCUAUCUUUUGGCGCGAGUACGUCGCGGUGCCGUUCUUGAAGACACUUAUGACCGAAGUGGGCUUUCAGGACGUGACGCUGAGCCGGUACAAGUGGCCUAUCAACACCUGGCCCAAGGAUCCUGCGUUCAAGGAACUAGGCGCUUGGGGCUUCAUGAAUAGCAAUGCCGGUCUGGAGGCUAUUUCCAUUGCGCCUCUUACGCGCGCUCACAAUUGGACUAAGAAUGAGGUGGAUGCAUUUCUGGUUGAGGUCCGGAAGGACCUAGCUAACAAGAGC